AAAUUUUAACUUUUAAAUAGAGAUUUUAAACUUUUCUGUUGCUAUAUCAAAAUAUUAAAAGGUUAUUGUUUAUAUUUGCUUGAUAAACAGACUAUGGCACAAAGCACAGCCCCAUUAAAAAAAUCUGUGCCUUAAUUUUUAUAGAAAAAUAAAGAAGCUUAAUAAAAUAAAUCAUAAACAUCUAGCACUAUUUAGCCUUAAAACCAAAAUUUUCCUCCAAAUUCAUUCUAAAGUCCUCAAUCUACAGCUUAAAAAGCGGCAAAUCCUUAUAAAUAAAAAAAUUCAUUGAAUCCGAAAGAUUCAAACAUCCCUGAAUAAAAAGAAUUAUUUCCUUUCCUCUAAAAAGCAAGAGAAAAAGACCCAAGAUAAUUAGGUGUAAAUAUUUAAAAGUGCUAAGAAGUUUAUGAUUUUUAUAAGAGAUUAAAAGAUUGCGAAAUGCCAGUAAAAGAGUUAGGAAAUGCAUUAAGAUCUUUAGGGUACCUUGUGAAUACAAUAGAAAUAGGAGAGCUUCAAUAAAAACUGCAAAAAUAAAAAAUGUAAAUUAACUAAAUGGCUUCAGUGAUCGAAUUCAAAGACUUUUUGGUAGCUGUAAGUUUGGUUUAGCAUAAAUUACCUAACGAAAGGGAGCUAUAAGAAGCUUUAAAAUUAUUUGUUAAGCAUAAAGAAUAUGAUGUUAAUAGAGAGACCCUCAAAGGAGUAAUCACUAAAAUAGGAGAUAUAAUUCCAGAAAAAGAAUUUGAUACACUCUUUCCAAGCAUCAUGACAGACCAAAAAGGAAAUAUUCCAAUAUAAAAAAUCACAUCAAUUCUUCUUAGACAACCUUAAAUUUGA